AUGGCCUCCACUGGCUGGAUUCCAGGGCGCCGAUCGACCCCAAUUAACUCGAACUUUGACAGACUCGAGCAUUUCUCCUCAUGCGGAGGUCAUGCUGACCAUAACAUGCUGAUCCAUGGGUUCACAUCAAGUGGCGACUCUGGAGUCCACUCACUGAGUACGGUCCAGACUGACAUAGCCAAGCAAAUGGGCGAGUUCUUGCUUGAUUUUUGA